UCCCUUUAUUUGCCCUGUAUUCCAGUUUCUGCUGGAAGGUCCUGUAUGGAUAAGGUUUGGAUAACAGCUCUUAAACAUGCAUGCUGGGAAAGACAUUCACCCAGGGGAUGGACUUCUUGUCAAGACUACUUCCAAAACACCUGAAGCCCUGCCUCUUGUUGAUGUCACCAGAGCCGUUUCCAAUGUCGUCUAAUCCAGCUACUCCCCGAUGGAUUCCAGUGGGUCGAAAUUCCCUGUUUUAUGAGCAGCCAAAAGAUGAUGUGGAGGAGGUGCAGUCAGGCUACCUCUUUAAAUCACCACCUAAGUCUCCCCUCACUAAAUCCAUGAAAUCAUGGAAGCGGAGGUACUUUGUUCUCACUAUGAUCAACGGGCACCUCCACGAGCUGAAGUACUACAGGGAUGAAAACAAGAAAGACAAACCCUUAGGAGAAAUUGACCUGUAUGAAACCUCUUUGCUUUUCCUGCAACCGGAAACACACCCUACUUGGGAAUGGAUUCAGAAGAAUUUCAGAUGCUCUUCAUCUUGUGUUCUGUUCAUGAGGGUGCUAGAGAGAGACUAUUUCCUCAUUGGAGAAAACAGUUCUGAGAUGGACAGCUGGUUCAAUGCCAUAUUUGCAGCUCUCAAGACACACACACUGAUCAGCCCGGAGGAACACAGAAAGACCAGGUCAAUAUCGGAGCCCAAAGAUGUACAAACAUCCUAUAAUGAUCAAGAACUUGACACUGAAAAUGAAGAACAGCCGAUCCAGAGAAAAUCUCCUGCAUUAAGACGGUCUGCCCCUGAAUUGCCGACACAGAACCACUACGAUGUUCCAAGGAGUAUUAUGAUGCAGGCAUCAGUAACAAGCGAUAAUGAGGAAGAGGAGGAGGACACCAGCUACUACAUGGACAUGGAGAAAGUGAAGAGGGUUGUGAGUGAGGUGGACAAGGAAGAUGAAUUGACCCGUCAAGCACAGAGGAAAAUUUCAAAUCGCAGAUCACCUAUGUCUUUAAGCGCCAGUCUCUGUAAUGGACAAGCUGACAAGAGUCAUGGUACAGGAGAUUUAUCCGAAUCCAGACUACCUGGAGGAGAUGAAGGCCCUGAGGAUGCAUUCCUGAACAGUGGUUCCACUGGUUGGAGCAGACAGAUUCUGCAGGGGAGUGAAACAGACAACGCUGAGAAGAAGGAUAUUUGUGUGAACCAGGAGGAGCUAAGGAACAAUGCGAUCUUCACAGAAGAAGCAGGAAAACCUUGUGUGUCUGACUGGAAACAUGAUGAAUCUUCUGGUCCAUUCCAUGAGGGGGAUCAAAUCGUGGCCAUUAAUGAUUUGCUCACAGACAGUCUGGAGGAGGUACAUACUUAUCUGCGGAGGCUUAGCAAAGAUGAGGUAAAACUAACUAUCCUGAGACAGCCAGGCUCUCGACCUUUAAGUGGAUGCAGUUUGUAGAGCAUAUUCUGACUCUAUAGCACCUGCCUCCACAAUGCAUUGCUCAUUGCUGUUAGUAUAAAGAUGUAUUAUAUAUGUAGGGUCUGGUGCAGUGCUUGAUAAUGAGCAGUGCUGCUGUUUAAAAAUGAAAUGUGUUAUUAUCUUGUCUCUUUUGUUUUGGGUUACUACUGCAUAGCACGGAUCCCUCUAGUGGUUUUUGCUUGAAUUACAAUGUGAAGAUAAACUGCUUAUAUGCACACUAAAUAUGCACUUUGUGAUAAAAUCUGAUCAGCAUAAAAAUGUUUAAUCUUGUAAUACGCACUGAAUUACUAAAUGCACUUACAGGAAAAGCAUGUUAAAUAGCCUAAAUGUUUGUAAUAUUUGAUUGCACUGUAUAUAUUGUAUUAUAAUAAAUAACUAUAUUCAACAAUACCUAUGACAUAAGCCUUCAGUGUGUAUCAGCAAAUAAAGAUUUCUGUACUGUAA